GAAAAACAGAAUUAUGAGGAGAUUUUUCGUUUUCUUUGGCGUCGUGUCCACUCUUCUAUUUUGCACAGUGUCAAUGGAACAGAAACGGCUACUCAUUAAUGACCCACAAUUCCUCGAAAGCAGGUUUCUGGCAAUGGAAUCUAAAAUCCAGUCAUUGAUGACCACAAAGGCGGAAAUGGAAUCUAAAAUCCAAACUCUGACAACAUCAAACGCGGAAAUGGAUUCCAAAAUCCAAACUUUUACAACAUCAAAGGCCCAAAUGGAAUCUAAAAUUCAAACUUUGGCAACGUCAAACUCGGAAAUGGAUUCCAAAAUCCAAACUUUGACUAGAGAAGUGGAGACUUUGAAGGUCAACAAUUCUAAAGUAGUUGGCGGUGCUACUUACGUUCGGUGGGGGAGAAAGACCUGCCCUGACGCGGACUCAGAAUUAGUGUAUUGGGGUUAUACAGGAGGGUCGCUUUAUAACCAGGGAGGAGGAGCUGCAGAGUUUGUUUGUCUACCACGUGACCCUACCUUCCAUAAUAUUCUGUCCUCAGCUUUCAGCUUCAUGUAUGGUUCAGAAUAUGAGAGCAAUUUUGUUUCUGGAAUCCAUGAUGACGAUGUUCCGUGUGCUGUCUGCAGAAGCUUACGUAGCACUAGUGUCAUCAUGCUAGCUAGUAGAGAACAUUGCUACAGCGGAUGGAAGACCGAGUACUCGGGGUUUUUAUCUAGCGGCGAUACACGCGAUUCGGCAGCCUCACAGUUUGUGUGUUUGGACCGGCAUCCAGACGUGUUGGAUCAUAGUAGCGCUAAUGAAAACGGCAAGGUGUUUUACACCGUUAUGGCCAAAUGUGGGAGUUUACCAUGUCCGCCAUACAAAGAUGGACAACAACUGUACUGUAGCGUAUGCUCCAAGUAAAGAACUAACGAGAGAUAUUUUCUCUUCAAUAUGGUUUAUG